CAGACGCGACAAGCCAUAAAAUCAGUUUACGUCGGCCGGCUACCACGAAGGAGUCUCUGAAGGCUUUGCCGGUGUCCUUGUCAGAAUGAAAUUAAAACUUGCCGCCGUUCUUCACCUGAUAUUUUCCGCUCUUUUGAGCUCAGUUCGCUGCAGUAGUCCACCAGCCAAACCGCUGCUGAAGUACGACGAUGAAAUCAAGAAAUUCAUCCUCGGUAAUGAUGCACUUAGUGACAUCGAGGCUCUAUCCAGACAGGUCAAGAUAGUGGGAGCGAUUGGGGAUUCACGCGUCGGUAAGUCCACAAACUUAAACUUUAUCAGGUACUUUCUCGACGGAAAUAGAAAUCAGGGAGUUCAGAAAGUGUUUAAGACGAAUGACAGCAUCGAGCCAUGUACCACUGGCGUGUGGAUCUCAGUGGUGCGUGACGCAAACGGCGCCGGAAGCACAAUUUUACUCGACACAGAAGGAACGAAUCUUGGUAACAACGAGAACACUGAUUUGUUGAGCAUCUUCACAGUUCUCUUGUCCUCGGGUUUAGCGCUUUUUGCCAGGGAAACAGUGCAGAAUCACAACGUACAGUUUUUGUAUCGCGUGUCUCGCUUAACCGAACAAAUUUGGACACAGGAUGCUGCUAACACCAGGUCGUUCCCAGAACUGAUGGUAAUUCUGAGAGACUCGCUCUCUCCUUCACCGGGAAAAACUCUACAAGGUCAGAUACAAGAUUUUAUUCUCGACGGGAAGUGCGGACAGACCAUCGGGAGGCAUUUUUCUCGCGACUGCAUCAAGGUCAGAGACAUUCCAUACGUGGGAGACGCGAAACGACUGAACGAUUUGGAACAAUUCCCGCGCGACGAUUAUGCAAAUGUCGCGUCUUCUCUUGCGGAGGAUUUCAAGCGCUUUCCGGCUAAGAAGACUGUUGGUGGAGCAUACAUGGACGGAAAAAUGAUCGCUGACCUCGCCAGGAACCUUCAAGCCGCAAUCAAUCAGAAUUCGUGGAGUGGAUUUUCAGAUGUGUACGCCGCCCUCGAAACAAACUUGUGUGACCGCAGUUUCCAAGAAAUCGUCGAGCCGUUUUUGGAAAAGGACUUGGAUAAAAUAAAGUACUCUGAGAAUGGAAUUAUGGAGAGGUUUAAGGAAAAGUGUGCCCUGGAACCGGAAAGAGCUAAAACUCGAAAUAAGAUAUCUCAAGCUAUUGCCAAGAAAGAAGAAAUAAUUGAAAAACAAAAACGCCUGGACGAGGAACGCGAACGUAAAGCGGACGAGGAGAGAAGAGAAAGGGAGCGGGAAGAGCAACGCCGACAAGAAGCGCGCGCGAGAGAGAGGAGGCUGGAAGAAGAACGAAGAGAGAGGGAAAGAGCAGAAGAACAAAAAAGAAUUCAAGAAGAAAACGUUCGAAGAGCUCAACAAGAGACUAGGAGAUUAGAAGCCGAAGCAGCAGCUAGAAGAUCGAGAGAGAGGGAGAGAAGAGAUGUAAUAAACACCGUCCUCGGCGGUGCGGCACUGUUUGCAAUUUUCAGCGAUUCGCGCCUUAAAGAAAACAUCACAGCCAUGCCGCAUUCAGAGUUUGAGGAGAUUGGUCUCCAGAGCUACAGUUGGGUGUGGUCCAAGAAAGCGGUCGCCGAACUGGGCAUACGAGGGACUGAGCACGGUGUUAUCGCCCAGGAUGUGGAGAAACUGUAUCCGUGGGCGGUGCUAACGAGCGAUGAGGGAUACAGGAAGGUGAACUACGCAGCUCUGAAACAGCUUGCGGUGGGAAAGAGAGCGGAAUUCAGAAACAAAAACAAAAACUGAACUGCCUUUAUUAAAUCUUUGCGGUUACGUCGGUCACCUUUGGUACGAUGUAGGAACGUGUAAAAUUAUUAGAAACUUUGUGUUAGUGAGCCUAUCCAAACGAGAUACAUUAAGUUUUUGUUUAUUUUGCAAAGAAAUAUCUGUCAUCAAUUCCA